CUUUGUUAACUCAGCCUUGAAGUUAGAUCCAGACAACUGUAAAUCUUUAAGAGAUUCUCGUUUCAGUUCAUCUGUCGUCCCACCUAUGUCAAACUUGGUUGUGUCAAGGUGAUGCUCCUCAGUUUCUGGUGUACAUAUGCAGCUGUUGUUCAACCUGACUUAGAAUGUAGAUUUCCAUAAUUUUGUGUAGAGAGAUGUUUAGAAAAUCGAGAAGCGCAGCCCCUGAAGAGCUUGCCCCGUGUAUAAAUUAGGUGACCUGAGUGUGCCAUGUUGCUCUCAGAUCCUAGGCAGUUUUGGUGUAGCAAAAAGCUUUAGGUGAUUCCCAAUUACUUAGGAUGUAUCUGGAUUUCUACUGAAAUCCGUUGUAGACUGUAAUUAUUCUUUUUAAAUCAAAGUUGUGUAAGUUGUUCCAUUCAGCUUCUAAUGAAAUCGUGUGUUAUUCUAAAUUCUCUCUGGAAGCACGUUUUUUUUUGUAUGUGCUGACAUAGUAUUUAGUAAAUAUUAUUUGUUGCUUAAAAUGAAACAAAAUAUCCAAUUUCUUGCAGUUUAUAAGGUCUUUUAAAAUAAAUUUCCAGAAAUCCUCUGUCUAAGUCGUAGCCGUGUGGAGAAUGAUCACUCCAUAAAAUAACACUAAAAAUUUGAUUGUCCAAGUCAAAAUAUGUUUAUUAAGAGCAUUACAAUUUUCAAGAAUCUGGAAAACGAGUACUUAGUUUUACCUGAGACGGAUGACCUCCCACCCAAAUACAAUCCUUUUACCCAUAUAAUUACCUAAUCAAAAAUUGACCUGAUUGGUUUCUCACAGCAAAUUAUGAGAGGUAAUUGAGAUUGUUGAAUCUUCAAAGCAACAUUAGCCCAAUAAUUAUUAUGUGUGAAGAAUUAAAUUAAAGCCAGUGUGGGGGCCCUUGAUCAACUUAAGCUCUUUUUGUCAACUCCAUCACAUUUUCACCACUUUGGCAAACAUCUAGUAGGAGUACUAUAUAUGGAGUACUUUAUAUGAUGUUUCCAGUAAGCUACAAGGCAUGUCCAUGGCCACUUUCCACGGCCGCCGCCUCUCGGAGACCACCCUCGCCGCCGUGGAAUCACUAGCUCUGCCCCUUGUGCAAGAAGUGGUGUUUUUGGCUGAUUUCCGGUGCCCCAAGUGCCAGAGGAGGGUGGCGGAGAUUAUGGCCAAAAUGAAUGCAGGGGAAACUCAGUCGGUGGUGAUUAGUGUAUUGGAGAAGACGGUGACGCUGACGUGUGAGGGAAAGCCGGCCAGCCGGAACUCAUGGAGCAAGACACCCCUAUUGUUGCGCCUCUUGCGCUAUUCGUGCAAUUAACUUCUAACCUAAUGUACUUGAGGAUCAAGACACAUUUACUUACUUACUAGUGCAGAUUUGUAAAUAAUAUUCUGUCACAAUACUACAAUGUUUGGAACAUUUCCUUUUUUA